GAGUUUCGUAAUUUCAACCGCGCUUUUCUAUAUAGUGUUGUUACUUAUGCUCUUCCGGCUCUAUUUAUAAAACGUGUUUCAAAUUUCAAAAUGUGUUCCAUGAUUGAACUAUCAACUGAUGGUCCUACUUGUCCUCAUGGUAUCAUGUUAAAAGUAACGGAUAAGUGCUCAAAGUCAUUUUACUAUGCAUGUUCAGCAUUUCGUAGUAAAGGUGAAUGUGAGAGGCAAGAGCUAUAUCAGAUGCGUACUUCAAAGAAUUGGUCAGUGGAAAAUAUGCUUGAUAUUGUUCAGUCAGAUAGAGCCUAUUGUUUUACUUGUGAUUGUUUGUUCUCAAUAUCAGUCGGUAAAAAAAAGCACAGAAAGCAUGAAUAUACGAAGAAUUUCUCAAAGAACUUGCUGUCUAUGCCAUCAUAUUUAUUAAAGCCACUUGAAAAUUCUAAGGCUCACGCACAAUAUUUCUUUUCCUUAGAUUGUUUGAACCGACUCUACUCAAUUAUUUACAAGUUGUCAGUGAAUUAUAUUAUUUGUAUUGGUUCACCGCGUCUUCAUGACUUCAUUCAACUUCAGUGCAUACACAGGGGACAAUCAAUGAAUUCUUAUUUACUGGAUAUAGAUUUUCGACUGACAAGCUUUUAUCGUCCGUGUAAUAAUUUCUCACGAUAUAAUAUGGUGAAUGGAUUUUUCUUCAGUCCACAGGAUGAAAAACUUUUCUAUUGUUUCCUUAAGGAAAAUGUAAAACCAAUGAACAAACUCCUGAUAUUUUGUGAUCCCCCCUUUGCUGCACCAUUGUCGUUAAUUAUAAAACAGAUUGAAUUGCUUAGUAAAUCAAUGAUAAAGCGUAUUUAUCAAAAUGCCGAAGUUGACGAGGACAACAUUGCCGGUUAUGAUGGUUACAGUGAGGCUAAUAAAAGCGAUAUUCCAUAUUUGUUGGUUCUACCGUAUUUUUUCGAGAAAAAACUACAAAAAAUUGCACCAUCUGUUAAUUUAUUAGAUUAUAAAAUAACUUAUGAAAAUCACUCAAGAAUGGAUUAUGAUAAAAAUGAUAUGGAGGUCGAUGAGAUGACUACUAGUAACAGUAAUAAGUCAAAUACAGGACAAAGACGAGAUUCAAUUGUACGUUUGUUUACGAGUCUUCCACCUUCCUCGGUCCACCCACCUAAAUCGUUGGAAGCGUCUUUCAGGUAUAGAUAACAGAUUAUUUAAUGUAUGUAAUUCUGAGCAUACUCUAUAUCGUUUUUAGUUGUAGGGAUUGUAAAUUGAAUAACGAGCCAAAAAAGCCUAGUGCAUUAGAAAAUUUCUCCAGACCUUCACACAUUUUGCAAUAAAAGGUGACAAGAAUGAGAAAAUUUAACGAGGUUUGAGUUGAACCGAGACAUCGAUGGCUUUCAUUCAAUAUCAACUGUAGUCAGUGUUGUGGUGUUCACAUAGUUUUCGUUUUUAUUGUUACUUAAUGCACCUUGUUUCACUGUUUUAGGUGAUUUUAGUUCUGACCAUUUCCAAUCAUUCCCACUGUAGGAUAAGAUUUGUUUUCUUGUUUAGCGUAACUCUCCAUUUGCGUUAUCUGAAUUUUCCAAAUGAAACUCUAUACUGUUGAUCAAAUUGAUCAGUUAUCUAACUAUUGUUUGCUAGAUUCUGCAUUAAAUCUGGAGAAGAACGUACAAAUUUAUUCUCGAAUUCAUAUGCUUGUAAAUUGUGUUUAUGCUCUUGCUUUCUGAAAUACUAACUGACAAAUCAAGAAGUUAGCUUCCCACACAACUGUAUCUGUCUCUGUAGACUGUUUGUGAGUCGUACGGCAGACUGAUUCUGAAUACAAUUGGUGUUAGUUACUCAUUGCUUUGUAAUAGUUAAAGAUACCUGAACAUUUGUAAAGUGUAAAAUUAAGAUUUUCAAUUCGUAAUUCGCAAUUCAUUGUAUCCUUAUUUUUUCUGUAUUCACUGGCUGUCUAAGAAAUCGCUGUAAUAUGGUUUUUACUAUGGAUUUAUAUCAUGGAAUAAGUGUCUAAAGACUUUAACGUAUUGAGCAACUUGCUGCAUAAGCGAUUUAUCCUUCGAUUAAAAAUGACAACUGUCAGAAUUGCACACUAUAAUUUAAAGAAUGACAUACCUUAAAUCUUAGAGUCCCUUGGUUUGGUCUAGAUAAGUCCUAUGAGGAAACAAAAGGAAAAGAAUCAGUUGCUAAAUACUUUUUGAUCCUAAAUUAUUGUUUUAGCAAUACUCAUCGACUUUUAAUUGGGCAUUAAAAUGAAAGAUUUGUUUUUAUGACAUAGGUUUUGUGAGAUUUGCCAGCGUUAUUCACAUAUCACAAAUCUACAUUGUGCCAAGUGCAAUCGUUGUACAACCAAGAAUGGACCGACCUAUGUGCACUGUGAUAAAUGUGGUCGCUGUAGACCUACCAAGAAGUUUCACUGUGAUAGCUGUGAGUGUUGUGUAUCUGUAAAUCAGUGUGCCCACCAGUUGAAGCGUCGAAAGCUCUCAUAAUAGCUGUUUACUAGAUUGUAAAUAAACUUUCCAAAAGAUGUAAAUUCAAUAAAAUGUUUUACUUGUAAAA